ACACCCAUCAUCUCCAGUUCAUUGUCACAUUGCGCACCUCCCUUCACUCGCCUCGCCCUUCCUUAUCAUUCUGUUAAAUUAUUCAGCAUAUUCCCUCUCCCUUUCUCCUCCUUUCGCUUCUCUUCUCUUCUCUUCUCUUCUCACGCUUCAUUCAUUCCUCCCUCCUACAUAAAGAAGAAAAACAAGAGAGAGAGACAGAGAAGAGAAGGGUCAAGGUUUGCUUUCUUCUUCAAAAUUUCUGUGAAAUUAUGGAUCUGUCGUGUGUGCAUGCGAAAAGCAAUGGCUUUCUGCUCCGAAAUUCCUUCUCCGAGAUACCCAUUUGCUGGAAUUCAAGAAAUCAUACGUUUGCUCUCGAAAUUAGGCGUACGAGGAAGGGAUCUUUGCCGGGUUAUUGUAGGUAUCGCUCGGUUUUAAUUAGAGCUAUGGGGAAAAAGAAUCCCGGAAAUUCUAAUUCCAAUUCUUCCUCUUCCGGUCCUGGGAAUGGUGAUCAUUCGAAAGCUGGAGGAGACAGCCUCAAAGGAAACAAUCCUCCUCCUGGUGGCAACAAACCUGGUGAUACCAGCCCACAAAAAUCCCAAUGUAAGCCCUUGGAUUGGAGAGAGUUUAGAGCAUUGCUCUACAUUCAGGAGCAGUAUUCUUUCCAGGCCGAAAAUGAAGAUUCUGUUCAUAACCAAGAUAGAACAUCCCCGGGAUCAAAAUCUCUUCCCCUCAAGUGGGCACACCCUAUUUCAGCACCUGAGAAUGGCUGUCUCCUUGUUGCUACAGAAAAGCUCGAUGGAGUUCGCACCUUUGAAAGGACUGUAGUUCUUCUCCUAAGAUCUGGAACAAGGAACCCUCAGGAGGGGCCUUUUGGGGUUGUUAUAAAUCGACCGCUUCACAAAAAGAUGAAACAUAUGAAUCCCACUAAUAUUGAGUUGGCAACUACAUUUGCUGACUGUUCUUUGCAUUUUGGUGGGCCCCUUGACGCAAGUAUGUUCUUGUUGAGAGCUGGUGAAACUACUGGACUUCCUGGUUUUGAGGAGGUCAUUCCUGGAGUAUACUUUGGUUCCCGAAACAGUUUGGAUAAGGGUUCGGGGUUGGUAAAGAAGGGGACACUUAGGCCUCAAGACUUCAGAUUCUUCAUGGGAUAUGCAGGGUGGCAACUGGACCAACUAAGAGAGGAAAUUGAAUCUGACUACUGGUAUGUUGCUGCAUGCAGUGCAAACUUGAUAUCUGGGGCUUCCCAAAGUUCUUCCUCUGAUGGUUUGUGGGAAGAAAUUCUGCAACUAAUGGGAGGACACUACUCGGAAUUGAGCCGCAAGCCUAAGCAAGACAUCUAGUUCGUUCUUGAGUCACUUCAACCUGAAAACAAGGUCAUCCUGCAAUGAGAAGUUCGUCCAAAUGUACAGUAGUUAACUUAGAGACAUAAUUAAGUAGAAAUUUCUUUUUUCCCUUUCUUCCCCCCUUUUUUUUAAAUAUAUAAAUAAGGUUUCUAUUUAUGCAUGUAAGUACCAGAGGUUUAAUGUUCUGAAUAAUAACCUUUACUGCAGACAUUUGAUUUAA